GCGAAAAAUAUACGACACAUUUUUUUCAUUCUAAGUGCGACACAAAAAUUUACGACACAUUUUUUAGGGGAGACUUGAGCCGCCCCUAGCCUAAUGGCUCCGUCGCCUAUGUCAUCAUCAUCAUCAAUCAGUUUUACUUCAAGUUCAGGUUCAUCAACACAAAUGACUUUAAAUUAAAUGGGAUUUAUUAAUUGCGCCAAACUCGAUGAGAAUGACAUCAUCAGAGUAAAAGAUUUAUCAGUUGAAUGAGCCUGUGGUGCGAUAAGACCAUUUAGUUUAUUAGAUGACUCUGGUUUUCGAAAUCUAGCUGAAGAAUGUGUUCGGUUAGGUAAGAAAGCAUAAUAAUACAUAGUAUGUAAUAUUAUUUUCUUAAUCAGGUUCUGUUUAUGGUACAUUUGAUGUCAAUGGAGUAUUGCGUGGUGAAAAAACCAUAUCACGACAUGUGAUUUCGGUUGCUGAUGCUGCACGUGCACAAGUACUUCAUAACUGUUUAAGUUUUUAUGGAGUGAACUCAUUGGCCGAUGUUAAUAUAGUAUGUGAUCGUGGAAGUAAUUUUGUUUGCGCUUUUAAAGAGUUCAAGCCGAUUUUCUGUUGUGGACAUCGACUGAAUAAUAUUGUUAAAUUAGCCGUUUUCCAAAAUAAUAAUAAUAAUAAAAGAAAAGCUGGUGGUGUGUCUGUUAAUCUGGCAAAUAUACCCGAUAAGAAUUCAUCAACAAUAACUUCUGAAGAUAAUAAAGGUGAUAAUCAUAAGUCUUCAAGUGAAGACAGUGCAUCAUCAUCUGAUGAUGAAGAUUUUGGCAAUGAAUUAGCAUUAACUGUUGUAAAAAGAAAAAGAACUUUUGAUAAAACGGCUAUUUUACCAAAAAAUGAGAUGCUGGUUUGUCAUAUGGACAUAACCAUUGAUCGAAUUCCACCAGCAGCUAAGCAUAUUCUCGAUGUUUUAAAUAAAUGCAAAAAUAUUGUCAAAUACGUGAAAAAGGCAGGUAUUAACAAUGAUAUCCAAGAAGAAGGUGGUGUUACAUUGCAUCAAUCGUGUAUCGUCAGGUGGUUAUCUAUGUCAAAUCUGCUAGAGAGCAUUUUAAAAUCCUUCAAAAUAACAAAAAGAUUGUUAAUUGCUAGAAAUAAACAAUCAUUGACAAUUGAUUUAGAUAAAAUAACAAUUAAACAGCUCGUACUCGUUUUGAAACCAUUAAAACAUGUUAUGACAGUAUUCCAAACAGGAAACCUUCCAUCUUUACAUUUGGUUUUAUUGUGCAAGUUACGAUUGAAAAUAUCUUUGUCAUCUUAUAAAUCAUUAUUUGAAUACGUAAAUACUUAUUGCAACCCAGAUAAAAUCGAUGAAAAUGAAGAUGAAAUCGAAGAAAGUGACGAUUAUGAAUCAGAAGGCAUCAAACGGUUUCGAGAGCGUUUGUUCAAUUUGAUUGAUGAAUUAUUGGUUCUUGACGAUCGUCAUUAUUGUGCAACUAUGCUGCACCCUAAAUAUCGUUUUGUAAAAAGCUGUACAGCACAAGAACGUUCUCAAUGUCAUCAAUACGUUCGUAAAGAAUUAAUGGUUUUACAUGAUGAGUAUUUAGCAACGAAUACAUAUGAAAAUCCACCUGAACUAAAUCAAAAAAAUUAA